UGACAUCAUCACAGGUCCUGCACCUCCACUAUUUAGAAGAUACAGAUCAGGUCCUGGUCGGCCAGUAAGGGCAUUACAUGAGGAGGAGCUGAUCCAGUUGUCUCCUCUUCUGCUAAAUGACCCCCAAGGAUGGACAAGGACAGGAAUGAGAUGUCUAAGAAAAUAUUACACUUCACCUUGGAGAUCCUCCACCUGCUGACCGGAGAGGAUUACACCAUAGUGAAGAAGACAUGGGGGGAGUGUGUGGCCCCCAGCAGCCAUCUCCAUGAGUCAGGAGGAUGGAGCAGGGCCCGGUGCCCCAUCAUGGAGCCUCCACCUCACUCACUGAUACAUGAGGAGAAGAUCCUAGAACUCAUCCAGAGGAUCACUGAGCUGCUGACUAGAGAGGUUCCUAUAAGGUGUCAGGAUGUGGCGGUCUAUUUCUCCAUGGAGGAGUGGGAGUAUGUAGAAGGACACAAGGAUCUGUACCAGGACAUAGUCAUGAUGGAGGAUCACCGGCCCCUCACAUCACAAGAUGGAGUCAUUGAUAGAAAUCCACCCGAGAGGUGUCCCCGCCCUCUGUAUUUCCAGGACUGUCCAGAGGGAAAUGUCCCAGAGAAGCAUCAGGGGGAAGAUCUGACUAAUAAUAAAGUGGAGGAUGAAGAAGAGAGGAUGAGGGGCCAGCACCCGUGUAUGAGGGAAGUGAAGGAGGAAAUUCCAGGAGGUGUUAUCCCAGAAAAUUCCAGUAAGAAUUCUAAGGGAAACUUCAUGUUAUCUGUGUGUGAUAAAGGAGAAGAUGGAGAGAUCAUGGAGCGCUCCUCAGGAGAAGAUGGAGAGAUCAUGGAGCGCUCCUCAGGAGAAGACCUCCUUACCCCUAAUGUCCAUCCAGAUCUAUCAUAUAAUAAUCCCCCUGAUCAUGAGGAACCUUCUCCUGACCAACCACACAUUGUUACGACAAGGACAGAUCAAAAUGUGGGGAAAGGUUUUCACUGUGAUGAAUGUGGAAAAUAUUUCAGAAAUAGUUUAGGUCUUAUUAAACACAAACAAAGUCAUGAAAGAAUAAAGCCAUAUCCGUGUUCAGAAUGUGGGAAAUGUUUUGCAGAUAAAUCAACUCUUAUAAGACAUAGGAGAAUUCACACAGGAGAAAAGCCACAUUCAUGUUCAGAAUGUGGGAAAUGUUUUACAGAUAGAUCAGCUCUCAUUACACAUAGGCGAACUCACACAGGAGAGAAUCCAUAUUCAUGUUCAGAAUGUGGGAAAUGCUGUAAAACGCAAUCACAUCUUGUUAUACAUGAGAGAAGUCACACAGGAGAAAAGCCAUAUUCAUGUUCAGAAUGUGGGAAAUGUUUUAUACAGAAAUCACAUCUUGUUACACAUGUGAGAACUCACACAAAAGAGAAGCCGUAUUCAUGUCCGGAAUGCGGGAAAUGUUUUUCAGAUUAUGCUAAUUUUAAUAAGCAUAGGAGAAUCCACACAGGUGUGAAACCGUAUUCAUGUUCAGAAUGUGGGAAAUGCUUUAUGGAAAAAGCAAAACUUGUUAAACAUGAGAGAAGACACAGGUGGGAUUAGCCAUAUUUGUGUUGAGAAUGUGGGAAAUGUUUUGCAAAAAAAAUCUGAUUUUCUUAGACAUACAGGAGAGAAGCUGAAUUGUUAAAUAUGAUGAUAUCAUUCACUGUAUAAUACAGGGAGGUGCAAAAGUAAAGGCCUGUAGUUUAAAGGGGUUAUCCAGUGUUCGGGAAAAAAAACAAAAAAGAAGACCAUGUUGAUUGGUGCCCUGUAUCGGUCAGUGAUUGGCCAACGUCUUCUGGCCAUAGUGAAUACAGAUUAUCAAUGCUUAAACAUAGGAAAAAGUCCACUCACCUACUCAACAUGCAUAAUCACGAUUCCCCUCCGGCUUAGGUGCUGUCAGGGCGUUACUGCCGCCAACAAGGUAGGUAGGAAGCAGAACGUCACUCACCA